UGAGCGGUUCGAGGACGCCCCCGCGCCGCGCCCUGGCCACGCCCCCUGGCCCCACCCCCUGGCCCCGCCCCCUGCCGCCAUGCUGAAGCAGCCCGGGGGCACAGACGCCGCCAUGUGCGUCCCUGACGAGCGCCCCCGCAAGAAGCUGUCCUUCCGCGAGCCCGAGGUCGUCGCGCCCGCCAGAAACGGCGGCCACGCCCACGGCGCCUCCCUCAGGCACCCGCCCCCGAGUCCCGCUCACUCGGCCCUGCACGCCCCACACCACUCGCACCACGCCCUCCGCCACAGCCUCGGCCGCCCGCACAGCAUCGCCGGCAUCGUGGGCCUGGGCGGGCUGAGUGCCCUGGGCGGCGUCCCCGGCGUGGCCAACCCCGGGCCGGCGUCGGGCGCGCAGUGCGUCACCUCGCCCGGCGCCACCACUGUCUCGGGCGUCACGUCCAUGCUGGGCAACCCCGGCCUGCUCGGCCCCCCCUGCGUGCCCGGCGUGCUGCCCGGCCCCGUCACGCCCAUCCUGACCCCGCCCACCAGCCCCACCCACGCGCCCGCCGCCCCAGCCAAGGGCGGGCCUGGCGCCCAGCCGGCGACAGCCAGUGGCAAGUCGGCGGCGCCCUCGCUCCCCUCCGCGGCGCCGGCGAAGGCCGCUCCCCCGCCCGCGCCCGCCAAGCCCGGCGGCACUCCGCCCGCCGCCCCAGCGCUGAGGAUGUCGACCGCUCAGCCUCCCACGCCCCCUGUGAAGGCGGGUCCCAGCCCGCUGGCCACGCCCACGCCCAAGACACCUGUCAGUCCGGGCUCCUCCAAAGGCGGCGCCGCGCAGCAGGCGGCGGCGCCCUCGGGCAAGGCGCUGCCUCCGAGCGGAAGCCGGCCGCCGGGCCAGGCGAAGCCCGCCAAGCCGGCCUCCAGGAACAGCUCCCUCAAGAAGCAGAGGCCGUCGGCGCUGGCCGGCGUGCAGCAGGCCGUCGCCUUCCUCACGGAGCGGGGCCUCACCAACGGCCGCCCGCGCGCCACCCACGGCGACGCCGCCUCGCCCGCCGCCGUCGCAGUCAGCCUCGAGGACAUCGACCUGGAGAGUCAGGCCAUGAGAAUAGUGAGAACAGUCGGCCAGGCGUUCGAGGUGUGCCACAAGAUCUCCGUCAAGGACACGCCACCUUCGCCCGAGCCAGCCGAAGACGAGGCCAGCGAGCACGGAUCCGAACUGUCAACAGAUAAACCUAGGAAAGAUUUGCUAGACACGGAGAGCGGACAGGAGGACCUGGUCACCCUCACGCCCUCGGACACCGUCAACGAGGACUCCGUAGAGCUCCUGCCGCAGCGACCCAACAAGCUAGAGCCUCUCGCGCCCCCGGCGGGAUCAGACAUCCUCUCCAAGAGUGUGGGCGAGACCUACGCCUCCCCCCUGAGCGAGCCCCUGCCCUCGGGUGACACUCUACCGCAGGCGGGCACACCGCUGUCUGUGCAUCACGAACUACAGCUGAUGCGGGAACAGCUGGAACAGCAGCAACAGCAGACACAGGCGGCCGUGGCGCAAGUGCAUCUCCUCCGGGAUCAGCUCGCGGCGGAAACUGCUGCGAGACUUGAAGCUCAGGCCCGCACACACCAGCUCCUCGUCCACAACAAGGAGCUGCUCGAGCACAUCCAGGCGCUGGUGCUCCAGGUGCGGGACCUCGAGGUGAAGCUGACCGGCCAGCAGAGCGCCACGAUGCCCUCCACGCAGCUGCUCCCGACGCCUCCGGAGCUAAAGGCACAGCUCUUGGUGCCCGGCGCUAGCCCUGGCCACACCAGCCAGCUGGCGGCGGCGUUGGACCUCGGUGGCGCGGCCCCGCUCUUCCGCCCCCCGGAACCCCCGCCCACGCCCUCGCCCGGCAUAGCUCAGCAGUCGUUCCUCUUCCCCUCGCCCACCUCCCCAACCAACUCUGCCCCCUCCCUCCUGGGGGCGCUGCAGCUGCCGGUCCUGGUCCAGGACCCCAGCUCGGCCCCCCACUCCCGCGAGCCCUCCCCCCGCGUCCCCUCUCAGGGGCCGCUCAUCCACCCCCUCCCCGUGUGGGCCACCGAGGGCGGCCGCGGCGGGGAGGUAACUCUGGCUGUGCCCCGACAGGACCCCCUCUCCGCCCCCAAGCUGCAGGGACUGCCCCGGCCCAGAGGCAUGCAGCGCUACGAGGAGUGCAGCAGCACGCCUUCCCUCAGCAGCGAGAGCGACCCCAAGCGCGACAGCAGCGGCCAGUCGUCAGGCGAGAGCGUGACGCAGGCCGUGGCGCAGCUGUACGCCCUGGAGCCGCAGCGACUGGCGCAGGUACCGGAGGACGCCGUGACACUGGGCCCUUACGGCCCGACGCCGCUCGGGACGCCGCGCAACCUCAACGGGCCCAUCACCCGCACGGCCAGCGAGCGCGUCUCACGCCAGGAGACCCUGGCGCAGCUACAGCGCAUGGCGUGGGCGCGACACACCACCAAGUGAGGUCGCCGCGAAGCCUCGCCGGCGAAGCCUGCAAGUGACGACCUACUCGUCCCGUUCAAGAACGCAAUCAACUUUUCCGUCUCUCCAUCCUUGAAUAAUCAAAACAAAAACAGAUAAGUGAUGAGAAUAGAAAAAAAUAUAUAUAUACGCAGAAUAAAAAAAUACGCAUUCUCAAAACAAAGAUGUUCAGUGAUAAUACAAGUGCAGGUGUUACUGACUUCCCCCCGCCCCCCUCGAGGAUGACGUGGUGUUGCGUUCGUCGUGGAGCCGCGCGGAGGGCCCGAGCGCCCCUGGCCUCUCACCCAUCGCCUCUCACCCUUCGCCCCGCCCACACCCUCAUCUCCUGUGAUAGUCGAACGUCCCACCAGUGUUUGUGGCGUUUUGUGGAUCGCGCGAGCUUGACCAGACUCGCCCGGGGCUCCGCGUGGAACAGUUCAACAACAGGCUGCUUACCUCUCGAACCCUCCUUUUUCCAGUAACAGUUGUAAGAAAUGUAUCAUAAGUGUGUUUGAUAAUGAAAGGGAGACAGUCACUUCUUAUCUAUAGCCAGCCACUCAUUUAGUCUCAUUAAAAGAUAAGUAUGAUUUUAAGGUAUUUAAUCUAGCUUUAGUGAUGGUGAUUGAAUCUCCAGUUAAGACGAGAGCGAAACGCGCAUGCGGACAGACCUGUGCGGUUCAGACUGCGGAAUCUCACUGAAGUAGCCAUUGUGUGUAGGUGUGGAGUCGUGGUGUCCGAGAGUGGCCUCAGGAUUGUUCAGAGUUGAUGUCAUACUCAUGCCAUAUCAUCAGUUUUGCCAGAUGGGAAUCAUGCACAAAGGUCUCACUCUUAUUAGUCAUGCGUCUGGCAACACUGCAUAUAUCAUCACGAAUAGCCAUGCUCCCAACACCAUAUUCCUUUGUAUAUAGUACCAGUGUAGGUUAAGACACCUGUUCUGUAUAUUUUUAUGUACACUUCAAUACAAGGCGGGAAGACAAAUCAUUUCAAUAAACGCUGUAUGUAAUGCUAAGGAUCUGGACUCUCAAGAGACUUCAACUGGAUGUGUUUACCCUCGUCUGUUUUGUAUUGUUAUUAUGUCCUGGUACUCUGCUAGCUGUGUAUGUUAACCUUGUGUCUGAUAUUUCCCCUCGCCCAGUUCCUCAACCUUUAUUUAGUUAUGAUGAGGUCAUCACGCACGGUAGACGGUAGUGAUGACUGUAUUUUGUUACAGUGCCAAUAUAGUGCCAAAAAUGCUUUAUUAAGAUAUACUUAUAUGACUAUAAAUGCAUUCAGUAAAUGACAGCAUUGUGAAGUUUACACCCCAC